UCGUUGUUUGCCGCCGCGGCUACUUACACCUGCGGUUCCACCACCUUGGUUUUCCGUUGGCUCUUCGUCGUUUGCGGCACCCAGUUCUGCUGCUUAAACGGCUGGAGCGUCGACAACACGUCGCCUUCUUGACCGAGCGCCCGAGACUCGGCUACGCACCGUCGGUCUUGUUACGCAGCUCCGAGAUCACCCACCUGUCGCAAUCCGCCCAUGGUGUUGGGGUGCUGGUUGACAGAAAUUUGGAGGACUUUCGAGAAUCUGGCAAGAAAGUGAGACUCGCAGGUGGUUUCGCAUCGUCCUGAGGAGGGAUAGGGGUCUCAGCUAGAUGAAUCCUCAAGAUGGGAGAGCGAUGGAUCGACCGAUGCCAGGAUCCGUUAAGAGGGCGAGGGAGCGCGCCGCCGCCGGCUUACCGAGGGAAGCCAUCCCGCCCCAGGAGCCCCAGAUGGCCCGGCCCUCGGCCCCUCGACAGCCAGCCGCACGGCAACAAGCACCAUUCGCCCUGCAGACAAAGGAUGGGCAAAUCGGGGUGCCCAUCUCUAGACCGAUUCCGGCGCCGCAGUGGCCGCUGCAGGAACCUAUCAUAGCACCAGCUCAAGUCGACGGCGAAUCAUUCCGGUCGCCGUCUGGAACCUCACGACCGCCCCAGCGACCCCCGCGGCCGAGCAGGGUGCCUUCGAUUCUGGACGCCUCGAAGGUGCAGGACCACACGCCUGUGUUUCAGUACCGGCCCAGAUCCGGGAGGGAGUCCGCCGGACAGGAGUUGCUGGCAGUGCCGGAGACUCCGUCCUCAAGCCUGUCGCGACCGUCCACCCUGUCGUCCGUCGCAUCGAUCCCCGACUUUCCUCUACCGUCAUCACAAUUACCGUCAGGACCUCCGCGGAGGAGCGUCAAUCUCGGGCCGCCGCCAUCGGCCCGACGAGGUGCCUCUUCGUUUUAUUCCAACGCCUCGUUCGUUUCCCCAAUUCCAGAAGAGAGCCCACGCACACGUUCGCAUGCCUCAUUUGCGUCGAGCGCCGCCAUGCCCGAGAACUGGGGGUCGCCGUCGCCCGGUCCAAGCCCCGAUUAUCCAGACCCUGUUUAUGGCGAAGCCAUAUCGGACGAGAGAGAGGACGCAGACGACGACACAGACCGCUUAGUUAGGAGCGCAAGCUUGGGCAAGAGGGCAAAGCCUACACUGGUGAGCACUGCGGCGCCUCGCGGGAUCGACUCGAAGGACGGUGAACAGCGGUCAGGACCACAACCUCUCCAGGCGCCAUUCCGCAAUGGGACAGGUUACCUGGAAAGCUCAAGCUCUUCCGCUACGAUUCCGGCGGUGACACAACCAGCCAUUGGCACUGCCAUAUCCGCAGACACGAUGCUUGGCGCAUACACCUCGGCGAGCGCAGACGAUCCAUCAGAUCCCUCUCGGGGGGCCACGCCUUCGCCGAAUCCGCAGGUCGCCGGCCGGCCGUACAGUCGGCUCUCAGCGAUACGCCGGCCUCCACGUCUGGAUAUCGACGCGGUGCGGAAGGCGGAAGCGAGAGGGAGCUUAACGAGUUUGCCAGAUCUGAUCCGGCGUGCAACAAGAUUGGCCGCGAGCCUGGAGAAAGGUCGGAGACCCGCUAGCCGAUUCGAUGACCUCGAAGACUUGCCCGACAACCGAGUGGAUUCGGAUCCCGAGAAACGGCGAUCGGGCCUCUCCGACAUGUUGGCUGCCUUCCCUCCACCGGCGCACCCCCCGGCAAACCAGAACCAGCGAAGCAUUCGGAAUAGCAUCCGAGAACAAAUCCAGUCAUGGCCUCUUCCUAUUAAUGUUAAUCGCACACCCAACACCUCACAGGAGGCUGCAGCGAACAGCGAUUCACAACGCGAGGACGAGAAAAGACGCGGGCGAAGGUGCUGCGGCAUUCCGCUGUGGGCGUUCAUCCUCAUUGUAAUAGUGGUGCUGAUCCUGAUUGCCGCCGCCAUCGUUAUCCCGGUGGAAUUCUUCGUGGUCCACAAGCAGAACGGAAAAGACAACGAUCCGCAGGCGGAGCUGCAACGAUGCAUGCAGCAACUCUCGUGCGCCAACGGCGGGACCAACGUGGUCAACCAGGGAAUCUGCUCGUGCAUCUGUACCAACGGGUUUGCCGGACAAGACUGUACCGUGAACGACAAGGCGGGCUGCACGACGAUUUCGUUGACCGGGUCGGAUAACAUCAGCAACGUCACGAUCGGCGAUGCCAUCCCGCGGCUUCUUCAACAAGCACAAGCCAACUUCUCGAUCCCCCUAUCCGCCGGCGAGAUCCUCGUCAAACUCAACUCGGGGAACCUGAGCUGCUCAGCAGAGAACGCCCUCGUGACCUUCAACGGACGUGCAACUCGGCAGGCGGCGACAGUCAGGCAAGCCUCCACUCCCGACACGGUCAACGCCGCUGUUGUCGACGGCGUGUUCUUCACCACGAUUACCGUUGUCGUGGAGCCUCAGACCACGUUCACGCUGGGCGGCGCGACCACGACAGCACCGCCGGUAGGAGGCGGAACGAGCUUUACCACCAGCAUCACGUCGGGUUUCUUCGCCACGACGUUCUCGCUCACCAGACAGUCCUCAGGCAGCACGCUCUCGCCCACGGCCACGCGCAUGGUCACGACCACAAUGAGCAUGUCCUCGGGGGCGGCGAUGCCGACCGCGACGGGCUCGUCGUUCGUCGUCUCGGAGGACGUGCUCGACUUCUCCCGCGUGGCGGUGCUAGCGAUCCUACAAGCGGAUAGUCUAGCGGACGCCAUAACAGCGCAGAUGGCGCUCCAGAAGUUCUUUGGCGACUCUUCUUCUUCCACGGAUGCUUCCUCGUCGUCAGGGAUCAGCGUGGACGCGGCGCGCAACGUGACCGUCGGGGACGGCAAGUCGGUCGACCUGGUGGAUUUCACCGUCGACCUCGGCGGCUCCAAGGGCAAGGUCGGGCGCCUGUCCUCGGUAGCGGCGCGGGCAUGGAUCGGCGGCGGUGUUGUCCGGCGGUGGUAUUGUCCGAGCGUGAUACUCGGUUGGGCGGAAACGCCUUGAGCACGGCUGACGGGCGAGUCAGCUAGGUUUGACUUGGGAGGAAACAUCAUGGGCGUUUCACGAAGAUGAUUCUUGGGCACGAGUUGCUUCCCCGGGGGGGACAGGCGUUUUCUUUUCUGGAGCAAUGGCCUACUAAGGCCGGGAAUAUCACUCGCGCGGGCAAUGCGACUCUUUUUCUUGCUCCAUGUGCUGCUUUUGUACACUAGAGCACCUACAUGGUGUUACCUCAGGGGGCCGGGUGUUCUC